AUGAAGGUUCCAAUGAGGACGGACCACACUCCACCUGUUCUGCCUAAUAAUAAGUAUGAGAAUACUCUCAGAUAUGAUCAAACCAGGAACGUUCCCACUUAUCCAGUAAAAACAGCAGAUCCAUCCACAUGUACUCAAUAUGCUCCUGUGAGAACACUAAUUAGUUCUUCCAUCAAAUCAAAUGGGAGCUCCUCUAGUCGUCGUACCUCAUCCCGUAGCGCACAGAAAAAGGAAGCAAUAGAUCCAAAAAGAGUAGAAGAUGAAGUUGCUAGAAAUGUUUCCCAAAUCCUGUCCGCCACAAAACAACAGCGUCUUGCCAUGGAAGCACAACAAAGAAAUGGAACAGCUGCGCCACAACCGCCGCGGAUAGCCUAUGCAUGUCCGGAUUGUCAUAAAACCGUCACCAGUGCUAGAAAUUUGCAGAGUAAAUGGUGGCAGUGGUACGGGAAUACCUUCAUCCUCCUCAGUAUCCUCGUCUUCUGUUGGGAUAUGUCCAACGUCUACCUCGGUGAUGAUAUCGCCAACAUCUUCUUAUUCUAA